AUGCCACGCUCAAAGAAGGACAAAGAAGUCUCUCUGACGAAGGUGAGAAAGAAGACACGUGAAGCCAAGAAGACGCUUAUCAGUGAGAUACGCAGUUCCGUUGACAAGUACAAAACUCUGUUUGUCUUUACCAUUGAAGAUAUGAGAAGCACGCAUUUUACAGAGGUUCGGCAGCGAUUUAAAGCCAAUAGUCGAUUUUUCUUCGGAAAGAAUAACGUCAUGGCCAUUGCUCUAGGAAGGGACCCCUCUUCAGAAUAUGCUCGUGAGCUACAUAAGGUAAGCCAGCGUUUACAAGGACAGUGUGGUCUCAUGUUCACCUUGCUCUCUAAAGCUAAAGUAACCAGCGUUCUGAAGGAACUGUCUACAGCUGAUUAUGCCCGAGCUGGUUAUAUGGCGCGUGAAACCAUAAGUCUGCAAGAAGGUCCUCUACCUCAGUUUGCCUUUUCCAUGGAACCACAGCUUCGUAAACUAGGAUUGCCGACAAAACUUGAUAAAGGUGAAGGACUUUCUAUACUUUUGUUCUUAAGGAGUGAUAAUUUUAUACCAGGACCAUGA